AUCACCGUUUUUAAGACGCUUUAAAAAUCACCAACUGCGAACAAUUCAAUGCGGAAGUGAGAUGCCGGUUAAUGUAAACAAAUCAAGAUGUGUUUGCCAUGCAUGUCACUUUUUGGAUGUUUUAUUGAAUUCCUGCCUUACAUAUGCCUUGUCACUAUACCAUUUUUCGGUUCUUUUGAAGGAAUUGAUGUGAUUCUUCGACUUUCACUGCUGAUUUUCUUGUAUACAAGCGUCAGUGCAAUAAUUCCUAAAUCAUUGCAUUAUGUCAUACCAUACCUAAACCUUUUGGCGUUUGGUUUAAUUGUUAUUUAUCUACCACUCGGCUCGAUACCAUAUCCGAUAAUUUGGCUGUACGAUAAGAUAUUAUGGUUAUCUGAUCCAGUCUUGUUAGCUGUAGAGGUGAUAUUGGCCCUGAACUUUGUCAUGCACUGUAGUAGAAGAUGUGCAGAAAAUAUUGAAGAAGACGAAGAGGAGGCGUGGAAAUGGAAGGUGUUGUUGUCAGUAUUUUCAGCAGCAUGCUAUGCUAUUUUAGCUAUUAUAGUGGUACAUGUGUACCAACAAGGCUCCGAUAUACAGUUCUGGGUUGUGGUAUUAGUGUUGUGCUUUAGUUUUAUGUUAGCAGCUCACAAUAUGAUGUGGAUGUCUGUUGAAGGUAUAAUAAGUGAUGUAGCAUUUGUGACACUAGCAUCUAUGGUAAUAUUAUACACAAUGAAAGAAGAAGUUUCACUAAAACACAAACCACUAGCUACACCUUCCUCAUGGUACAGUUUUUACAGCAGAGGCUCUAUGCUAACUGAGACUUACAAAAUCAUACACACUUCUAUAGAGAAUGCUCAGGUUGCUAUACUCUACCUAAAGAGAUUCCUUAGUCCACUAUUCUUGUUGUUGUUGGGCGUCCGUCUGUACAGUAUACUUUUCCUUAUCGGGAGAAUUAUGAAAAACUUUGAAUUAGAGACAGAGGAGUCCUAUUUAGAAGAAUUGCAGACAGAGUUAUCACCCUUUAAAUCUCCGUUUAUUGUGAAAUGUUCCAUGAUAUUUAUGAUAACUCAGUUUACCACGAGACUGUAUUACCAGUGUAAUGGCGUAUCAGUAUUACCAGCAUGGUUAGACUCACUUUUACCAGAAGAUAUUCUCUUCGGCAGGAUGUUUCAAGUCAUUGUGUUGAACAGUUUCUAUAUUUGGAGAUUAUAUUGUGCUGAUAAUUGGCAGUGGAAUGACUGGUUCUCUGCUUGAAGAAGAAAUUUGUCUGGUUCUCUGCUUGAAAAAGAAAUUUGUCUGGUUGUCUGCUUGAAGAAAAAAAUUUGUCUGGUUCUCUGCUUGAAAAAGAAAUUCAUCUGGUUCCCUGCUUGAAGAAGAAAUUUGUCUGGUUCUCUGCUUGAAGAAGAAAUUUGUCUGGUUUACUGCUUGAAGAUGAAAUUUGGUUGUCUGCUUGAAAACAGAAAUUUGAAUAGUUCUCUGCUUGAUAUAAUGCUUCAAGUGAAGGAAACAUGAAGUGUUUUUUUUUUUUUUGAUAGCAAAAAGGUUAAUGGUUCUCUGUUAAGAAAUAAUUUGUUUUUGAUCUUUUUGUUUGAAAAAUUGCUUUUGAAUAAUUUUAUUUUUUUAGAGUUUAAUUAAGUUCAGAAGUCAGAAUACGGGAGUAAUAUUUUAGAAUAGUUUUUACUGUCUUAUUAUUUGCAUUAUUUUAAAGGCUCAUGAUGCCUAAGAAAUUUAUUUUAAUUUUUUCAAAAACUUCUUUUUUUUAAGUGUGUCAGGGGCAAGUGUUAUGGUUUCAAAAAUUACACAUUGGCCAAGUACCUGAACCAUCUUUUGCUUCCGUUGCUAUCUGGUAAUUAGUUUAAAUAUGGUAAUUAGUAUUUUGAAUGAAAGUCAAAAUACUUCUUUGUUUACAUUUUUGCUACUUUUCAAGUUUUGUGAAAAAUAAUCACACAUUCACACUCUAUUUUCUUUAUGUGAUAAGCAUCUAACAUUCUCAAAACCAUUAUUUUCUAAGGGGAGAAAAAAUAUUAGUUUCAUUGACAUAAUGUGCCAUUAACAUUCUGAAAAAGGGGAUAUAGGUCAAGAUUAAUGAUUUAUAUAUAAAUGUUGCAUGGCUACUUUCUGUGGUUAUUAUUUGAUUUCUAUACUAUUCUCAUUCAUGCAAAUUCAUAAUCUUUGAGUUUAUUUAUGCAGUCUUUGCAAUCCAAAUCAGGGUAUUUUUUUUAUCCAUUUUCCUUUGAUGAACAUGUGAAGUGUUUUGUUAAAAAAUGUUUCAAGUAUUUGUACAAGUUUUUACAAAGGCAAAGAAGGAAAG